AUGAGUGGACAAGAAAAUACUAUGACGUUUAACCAUAUUCUUGGCCAGGGAAGAGUUAACCAAUUGGGUGGUGUUUUUAUAAACGGUCGUCCACUUCCCCAGGCUAUUCGUUUGAAAAUCAUUGAAAUGGCUAACAGCGGAAUCAAGCCCUGCCAGAUUUCUCGCCAACUUCGUGUUUCUCAUGGAGCUGUCUCGAAGAUCUUGAACCGUUAUCAGGAGACUGGGAGUAUUUCACCUGGACAGAUCGGAGGCAAUCCCAGACAACGCGUUUCGGUACAAUCGGUUGAGAAGCAACUUCUGAUGAUAUACGAUGAAAAUCCUGGAUUCUGUGCAGCGGAGUUGAGACAAGCAAUGAUUGAACAAGGCAUUUGCUCCAGAGCCACGGCUCCUACAGUUGCCUCAAUCAAUCGAUUUGUUCGUUCUCGAGGAUGGAAUAGGGAGAAACGUCCUGAGAAGAAGCGUCUCAGCCACAGUAUCGAUAGUAUCCUUGGAAUCUCCAUAGAUGACAGUAAAUCGUCGUCAUCUGAUGAAGAUUCUAUUUCGCCGGAAGCUCGCAGAAAUCGUACAAGUUUUACCCCUGAACAAUUGGACCGACUGGAAUCGGCCUUCAAAGCUAAUACUUAUCCAGACGGUACGGAACGUGAGCAAAUUGCUAAGCAAACAGGUCUAACAGAGGAAAAGAUUAUGACAUGGUUCUCAAAUAGACGCGCUCGUUGUCGUAAGCAUUUGCCUGUUUAUCCCAUGUUGAAUGCCGUUGGCUCAGUUACCCCAACUUCAUCCCUCUACAGUCAAAUGACUAAUUUGCCCAUGUUGUUAACAGCUGCUAGUGGUAUGAGUCCUUUAAUGUUUCCUCCUUUCGUGAAUUCAAAUUAG